GGGGCUACACGCUCGGCUCGGCGGGGCGGCCCUGGCGCCCGGCUCCCGGUGCCCGGCCGGCUGGAGGAGGAGGGCGGAGGCGGGCGGGAGCGGAGCGAGGGGCGCACGUCCGCCCCAAGGCUGGGAUUUCUCGGCUUGCGAGGAGAGCGGAGCAGGCGCGCGGCCCAGGCGGAGGAGCGCUGACUCUGGAGCAGCCGGAGCUGGAGGAGGAGGAGGAGGAGAGGCGGCGGGAAAGGAGGAGGAGGGGGAGAGUCGCUCCCGCCCGGCGAGCAUGGGGCGCCUGGCGCCGAGGCCUCUGCUGCUGGCGCUCCUGUCGCUGGCUCUUUGUCGAGGGCGUGUGGUGAGGGUCCCUGCGGGGAGUCUGGUGCGGGUGGUGGGCACUGAACUGGUCAUCCCCUGCAACGUCAGCGACUACGACGGCCCCAGCGAGCAGAACUUUGACUGGAGCUUCUUGGCCUCGGGCAGCAGCUUUGUGGAGCUCGCCAGCACUUGGGAGGUGGGCUUCCCCGCCCAGCUGUACCGUGAGCGCCUGCAGAGGGGUGACAUCGUGCUGCGGCGGACGGCCAACGACGCCGUGGAGCUGCACAUAAAGAACGUCCAGCCUUCGGACCAAGGCCACUACAAGUGUUCCACCCCCAGCACAGAUGCCACCGUCCAGGGCAACUAUGAGGAUACAGUGCAAGUUAAAGUGCUACCGGAUGCUCUGCGCGUGGCCGCCGGCCCGCAGCCCUCCCCGGGCCCCAGCCUGCGUGAGGGCGAGCCCUUCGAGCUGCGCUGCUCGGCCUCCACCGCGUCGCCGCUGCACACGCACCUGGCGCUGCUUUGGGAGGUGUGGCGCGGCCCCGCCCGCCGGAGCAUCCUCUCCCUGACCCACGAGGGCAGAUUGCGGCCAGGCCCCAGCUACGAGCAGCGCUACCGCAGCGGAGACGUGCGCCUGGACACCGUGGGGAGCGACGGGUACCGCCUCUCCGUGUCCCGGGCCCUGGCCUCCGACCAGGGUUCCUACCGGUGCAUCGUCAGCGAGUGGAUCGGAGAGCAGGGUAACUGGCAAGAAAUUCAAGAAAAAGCCGUGGAUGUGGCCGCCGUGGUGAUCCAGCCAACAGUUCUUCGAGCCGCUGUGGCCAGGAAUGUGUCUGUGGCUGAAGGAAAGGAGCUGGACCUGACCUGCAACAUCACAAUGGACCGAGCGGACGACGUCCGACCCACAGUGACGUGGUAUUUCAGCAGGACGCCUGACAGCACCUUGCCCGGCCCCCGUGUAUUGGCUCGGCUGGACCAUGAUUCCCUGGUGCACAGCUCUCCUCACAUGGCCUUGAGUCACGUGGAUGCACGCUCCUACCAUUUACUGGUUCGAGAUGUUAGCAAAGAAAAUGCCGGCUACUAUUUCUGCCACGUGGUACUCUGGACACCCGGGCACAACAGGAGCUGGCAUAAGGUGGCAGAGGCCAUGUCGGCCCCAGCUGCUGUGGCUGUGACCUGGCUAGAACCAGACUAUCAGGUGUACCUGAAUGCUUCUAAGGUACCUGAGUUCUCAGACGACCUCACUGAGCUGGAAUGUCGGAUAGUGGAUGUGGAGAGCACCGAGACAAGUGUCCGUUUCACGGUGUCCUGGUACUACAGGGUGAACCGGCGCAGCGAUGAUGUGGCGACCAGCGAGCUCCUUGCCGUCAUGAACGGGGACUGGACACUGAAGUACGGAGAGAGGAGCAAGCAGCGGGCCCAGGACGGAGACUUCAUUUUUUCUAAGGAGCGCACAGACACGUUCAAUUUCCGAAUCCAAAGGACUACAGAGGAAGACAGGGGCAAUUAUUACUGUGUUGUGUCUGCCUGGACCAAACAGCGUAACAACAGCUGGGUGAAGAGCAAGGACGUCUUCUCCAAACCUGUCAGCAUAUUUUGGGCAUCAGAAGAUUCCGUGCUUGUGGUGAAGGCAAGGCAGCCCAAGCCUUUCUUUGCUGCCGGAAAUACAUUUGAGAUGACUUGCAAAGUGUCUUCCAAAAAUAUUAAGUCGCCACGCUACUCGGUUCUCAUCAUGGCUGAGAAGCCUGUUGGGGACCUCUCCAGUCCUAACGAAACCAAGUACAUCAUCUCCCUGGACCAGGAUUCUGUGGUGAAGCUGGAGAACUGGACAGACGCAUCGCGGGUGGAUGGAGUUGUGUUAGAGAAAGUGCAGGAAGAUGAAUUUCGCUAUCGAAUGUACCAGACUCAGGUCUCGGAUGCAGGGCUGUACCGCUGCAUGGUGACAGCCUGGUCUCCUGUUAGGGGCAGCCUGUGGCGAGAAGCAGCAACCAGUCUCUCCAAUCCUAUUGAGAUAGACUUCCAAACCUCAGGUCCUAUAUUUAAUGCCUCUGUGCACUCGGACGCGCCAUCAGUCAUCCGGGGAGAUCUCAUCAAAUUGUUUUGUAUCAUCACUGUUGAAGGAGCAGCCCUGGAUCCAGAUGACAUGGCCUUUGACGUGGCCUGGUUUGCGGUGCACUCCUUUGGCCUGGACAAGGCUCCUGUCCUCCUGUCAUCCCUGGAUCGGAAGGGGAUUGUGAACACGGCCCAGAGGGACUGGAAGAGCAGCCUCAGCCUGGAGCGCGUGAGCGUGCUAGAGUUCUUGCUGCAAGUGCAUGGCUCCGAGGACCAGGACUUUGGCAACUACUACUGUUCCGUGACUCCGUGGGUGAAGUCACCCACCGGUUCCUGGCAGAAAGAGGCAGAGAUCCAGUCCAAGCCCAUCUUUAUAACUGUGAAGAUGGAUGUGUUGAACGCCUUCAAGUACCCGCUGCUGAUCGGCGUCGGCCUGUCCACGGUCAUCGGGCUCCUGUCCUGCCUCAUCGGGUACUGCAGUUCGCACUGGUGCUGUAAGAAGGAGGUCCAGGAGACCAGGCGGGAGCGCCGCAGGCUCAUGUCCAUGGAGAUGGACUAGCCGGUGCCGGGAAAGGCCGGGACGCAGGGAUGGUCGAGGAGCAGUUUGGGCGAGAAGAGGACAGUGAUCUUUUAACGUGAUGUGUGUUACACUAAAAACCAGUCCUCUCUAAUCUCAGGUGGGACUCGGCGCUCUCUCUUUUCUGCAUGUCAAGUUCUGAGCGCAGACAUGUUUACCAGCACACGGCUCUUCUCCCCACGGCACUUUCUGAUAGAACAAUCGAGUGUGUGUUUUCCCGACGGCGGCUUUUUAAUGGUUAACCUCUGUCUAAUUUUUUUCUCCUACUGAUUUAUAGAUCUCUGG